UCUCGCACCUCGCUCCCACUCCAAUGGGGCAGAGUUCUCUCCAAACCACCCGUUGACCUCCCUGCCUGUGAUGGUCGCCCCUCGCAACGACGAAAAAGCCGUAAUGGCCGACGAACGCACCCCGCUCUUCCAGGACAUUCCUGUCGCCGAGCGCCCUCCGCGAUACCCCCAUCAAAACCUCCGCCGCGCCUGCACCUACAUCCUUGCCAUUGUACCGGCUUUUGUCCUCGGCGCAGUCCUCGCCUCCGUCUUCAUCAUCCCACCAUACUACCCCGGCGAUGAUGCUGCCUCCAUCAGCUCGUUUUCCCUCGCCAAUAGUGGGGGUCACAGCAUCAGCAGAGCUUGGCCUUUGACCGAUGGCGUGAGCUUUGAAGAGCUUAAGGACAUCCUGACGAGUACACCGGAGCCUGAGAAGGCUAGGGAAUGGAGCCAGUACUAUACUGCUGGCCCGCAUCUGGCUGGCAAGAACUUCAGCCAGGCCCUGUGGACCAAGGAGAGGUGGGAGGAAUUUGGUAUCGGGCAGACUGAGAUUGUCUCCUAUGAUACCUACAUCAACUACCCUCUCGGACACCGUCUGGCUUUGCUGGAAAAGAACAGGCACAGCAAGAGGGGCGAAACUGCCGACGCGUGGAAUGUCACGUAUGAGGCAAGCUUGGAAGAGGACAUCCUCUCCGAAGACCCCACCAGCAACCUCACCGACCGUGUUCCCACCUUCCACGGCUACAGCGCUUCUGGAAAUGUCACCGCGCCUUACGUCUUCGUCAACUAUGGCACGUACGAAGACUACGAAGAUUUGAUAAAGGCCAAUGUCAGCUUGAAGGGCAAGAUUGCGCUUGCCAAGUACGGCGGCAUCUUCAGAGGCUUGAAGAUAAAGAGAGCAGAGGAGCUUGGAAUGAUUGGCGCUGUCCUCUAUUCCGACCCUGGUGAUGACGGAGAAGUCAGAGAGGACAAUGGCCGUAAGCCUUAUCCGGAAGGCCCUGCGAGGAACCCGAGCAGCGUCCAGAGAGGCAGCACUCAGUUUUUGAGCAUUGUACCUGGUGACCCGACUACUCCCGGCUACCCCUCCAAGCCUGGCGUUCCCCGCGAGGGCGUUGAAGGCAAAAUUCCUUCCAUCCCAUCCCUCCCAAUCUCCUACCGUGAAGCGCUACCCUUGCUUAAGGCGCUGAAUGGCCACGGCCCGAAGGCUGACUCUUUCAACAAAUACUGGCAAGGCGGUGGUUUAGGCUACAAGGGUGUCGACUAUAACAUUGGCCCGACACCAGACAACAUUGUUCUCAACCUUGUCAACGAGCAGGAAUACGUUACUACGCCUUUGUGGAACGUCAUCGGCAUCAUCAACGGGACCAUCCCGGACGAAGUUAUCGUGCUUGGAAACCACCGAGACGCCUGGAUUGCCGGUGGUGCUGGCGACCCCAACUCUGGCUCUGCCGCCAUGAACGAACUGGUUCGCUCUUUCGGUGUUGCUCUCUCCAAGGGUUGGAAGCCGCUCCGCACCAUUGUCCUUGCGAGCUGGGACGGCGAAGAGUACGGUUUGAUCGGUUCGACCGAGUGGGUGGAAGAGUACAUCCCAUGGCUUGCCCACUCUGCAGUUGCAUACUUGAACGUCGAUGUCGGCACCAGCGGGCCUCACUUCACCGCUGCUGGUGCACCCCUCCUCGACCAGGCACUCAUAGAUGCGACCAAUGCAGUGCAGUCGCCCAACCAAACAGUUGCCAACCAAACCGUUGGUGACACCUGGAACAAGCACAUUCGUACUAUCGGCUCCGGCUCUGACUUCACCGCUUUCCAAGAUUUUGCCGGCAUCCCAUGCCUGGACCUUGGAUUCAAGAACGAUGAGCGCAGCGCCGUCUACCACUACCACUCGAACUACGAUUCGUUCUACUGGAUGGACACAUUUGGUGACAAAGGCUUUGAGUACCAUAUCACGAUCACCAAGAUCUGGGCGCUGCUGGCCGCCAACAUGAUCGAGUCACCCGUACUGCAGUUCAGUGCGACUAACUACGCCAACAGCCUGAAGCGCUACCUCAAAGCCGUGGAAGACAAGGCCAACGGGCACAAGGACAACAUCGACGGCGCUGGGAACCGGGAUCCUCUGCCUCUGGGCUGGGACACCUCAUCGCUGUUCGCGCCACUGCACAAAGCAAUCGGGCACCUACACCACUCGGCGUCCAAGUUCGACGCGACGGCAGAGGACCUGCGCACCGAGAUCCGCGAGAACCCGAUCCCGUGGUGGAAGUGGUGGGAGAAGGUGAAGCUGUACUACCGCGUGCGCGCCGUCAACACAAAGUACAAGUACCUGGAGCGCCAGUUCCUGCACGCGCCGGGCCUGGACGGCCGCAGCUGGUUCAAGCACGUCGUGUUUGCGCCGGGCGUCUGGACUGGGUAUGCGGGCGCGACGUACCCCGGCUUGGUGGAGAGUGUGGAGAGGGGCGAUGAGGAGAGCGCGAAGAGGUGGGUGGGUAUUAUUACGGGGUUGGUGCAUAAGGCUGCGGGGAGCUUGAAGGGGUAGGUGGUUGAGUUGUGAUUGUGCGUGGUGGUGAGGGUGUUGAUAGCUUGGGUGAACGGGUAUGAAUUGUUUUGAAGACGGGUGGAGGAGGAGGAUAGAUGCUAUUCACGGUAUCUACAGGUCUAGAUUGGGCAUGAGGGAGGGUAUGGUGCGUAUUUCGGCUGGUUUUAGCUUUGCUUCCGAACUUAUGAGUGUACAGCUACAGCUACACGUACGAGGUUAUUGAGCUUAUGAACGAUCUUUGUGUCUUUCUUUAU